AACUUCUCCCCCUCCCGCGAAAACGGAGCCACUCUCCAUGCCCCAUCACCAACCCACCAUCCCCACGACCCCAACCUCACCCGCAUUUCCUCCAUCGACAAACUCCGCCGCUCCCUCUCGAAAUCCCCCUCCAAAAUCUCCCGCCUCCACCUCUCCACCCACUCCCCAAGCCGCACCCCCAACACUCCCACCUCCUUCUUCCUCCACAAUCAGCAACACUCCACCACCCCGGCCUCCCCCAAGUUCCGCCAUCUGGAAUUCACCGCCACCCCGAUCCCCGACACGCACGCCCAGCCGACCGCCCGCAAACCGAAAUUCAACCUCCGUCGCCCGGCCGCGCUGCGGUCGCCGCGAACGCGUACAUCGCCGCAGAGUCCGCUGCGCACCGCGCUCACCGAGUCGUCGAGCUUGGGGAAUGUGAAAGUCGCGCCGCACGCGCAGCAGCACGCCACACUUGGGGAGGAGAACCUCGAUCAUAACAUGACGGGGACGCAGACGGUGGUGGACGGGAGUGGACCGCCGCAGCCGAUGAAGUUCGAGAUUCCGGGGUUGAGGUCAAGUGAGACGCCGAGACCGAAACCGGACUUUUCGCAUCUAAACCAUAGUCAUCGAAGUAGCCCGUUGAAGCGCGGGGAUGGACAUGUCAAUUUCGAUCAAGCUAGCACGGGAAGUCCGGUGGCGAAGCGGAGGAGUCUGCACGGGGCGUCGUUGGCAUCUGACUUUGAUGUUUUCAAUCAAGAUUUCGGCUCUACCUCCACUUCAAGAUCACCAAACAGCCACGGCAAAGAUUUCGACACAAUCGAUUGGGCGCAACCCGCCACUCCUAUCAAGGUUUCAUCACCUCGGCGAUCUUUAUCACUUCGUCGAUCGACCAUGCAACAACGGCAGUCCCAGUCCCACGGUCCCUCCCGAGUGAAGAUGCUCGAUCACAGUUCUGGAGAACCGCUUCUUUCUGCGACGGCUGCCUUGAAGGCAAAACAGCGCAUGUCACUGGAUGGGUCAUCGCUUGGUGGUGCUUCUCCCCCUCCCAAGCCUGGUUCGCCAUUCACCAGUUCUCAUCCAUUCGAGAUGUCCCAACCAAAAACAAAGUCGACGUCUUUGGCUUCACACCUCCCGCAUCCCUUAUCAAAAGCCAUCACCGCUUCUUCAUCCAAUUCGAGUCUGGUCAGCGAAGACAUGUCCCACCAGCCGGCUAUGUUCCGCCCUCCGCCCCCUCCAGCUUCUACCACCGGUUCCAACGCAAGCCAAGCCGAGAGCUUCUCUCGAUCUCUCCCCAUUGGCGCAUCCCGUCCGGCCGCCGGCCGCGUCCAGAGUUUGUUAGCAGGAAACGGAAGGAAUCUCGAGGCACAGGGCCAGGCCACUCCUGAUUACAAGAAUGCCAAACCCCUUCCAGGCGCGUUCAUGUCGACGGGGCUGAUCUCAAAGAAACAUCGCAACGUGGAUGUGGCGCCUCCUGGGGGUAUAGGAGGCUACCAGAUGCCCGACACGCCGUCCAAGCGAGUCUCGUUCCCGCCGCUGCGGAGUUCUCCUCACCCGAUCAACCGUGCGAAACAGCGACAUGAGUUCGGGACGCCGAGUACACCGUAUAGUCCUCAUAUGACUGCCGCUUCCCCCGUCUCGUUUGGAAAGGGCGUCAGUAUCUUCGGGUGUCGCGAAUCGCAAGCACCGGGACAGAGACGUGCUAGCUUUUUGAGCAUUGAUGGUGAUGAUAUGGGCAAUUCUCCAACCGGGAAUAUGGAUAGCCAGUCCAGCAACGACGAACUUCCUCCGACCCCAACCAAGCCCAGCGGUGAAGGGAGUCGCCGAUCGAAGGAGAACAGCUUGCGAAAUCGAUUCUGUAAGCCGCACACUCCACUCAACCCACUCCGACAAUCUUCUAACAUGACGCGCGAUUCAGCAACUCCCCCCAACGGCUCUGAGUCCGGCAGACGUUCACCGCACACCCCGCUGGCCGAUUCCAGCUUCGAAUUCAACCGCCCGUCCACCUCGAUAGGCAUCCCCAAUGACGCGGAGAGUAGCUUUUCCCGCCGCGGACCCCCACCCGCCACACCCACCGCUCCACGCGAGAACGGCUUUAACUUCAGUUUUGGCCCAGGCCACGCUGCUGCGUCUGUCACGCAAAACGACGUCGACACCGCCCUGACCUCCCGCUUCGACAUCGUCACCCUCCAAGGCAGCGGCGAAUUCUCCCUCGUCUACCGCGUCGAGCGCCGCCCGGGGAUGCUCCUCCAAUUCUCCAGCCCUUCGACGUCGCUGUCCCCCGUGCAGAAUGCAGUGUGGGCGGUGAAGAAAAGCAAGCGGCCGUACUCCGGGAUGAAGGAUCGGGAGAACAAGUUGCGGGAGGUGGAGGUUCUGCGGGCGUUGCGCGGGCAUGAUCAUAUUGUGCGGUUUGCGGACUCGUGGGAGUCGAAGGGUUAUUUGUAUAUCCAGACGGAGUAUUGCGAGAAUGGGAACUUGAAGGAUUUCUUGACACAGGCCGGGUAUAAAGCGCGGUUGGACGAUUUUCGGAUCUGGAAGAUUUUGUUGGAGUUGUCGGAGGGCAUCGGCUACAUCCACACCAGCAACGUCAUCCACCUCGACCUCAAACCCGCCAACAUCUUCAUCGACUGGGAAGGCGUCCUCAAAAUCGGCGACUUCGGACUCGCCUCCUCCUGGCCCGCCCCCCGCAACAUUGACGGCGAAGGCGACCGCGAAUACAUCGCCCCCGAGGUUCUCGCCGGCCGCUUCGACAAGCCUGCCGACCUCUUCGCCCUCGGCAUGAUCAUGCUCGAGAUCGCCGGGAACAUCGUCCUCCCGGACAACGGCGCGUCCUGGCAGCGGCUGCGCGCCGGCGAUCUCCGCGACCUGCCGAGCCUCACCUGGAGCGAGGAAAGCAUGCUGCCGCGCGACGCGAGCGGCGACCCGAUCGAGGCGAGCAGUCCGCGCGCCCAGAGCUUCCACGCCGAUGCCCCCGUCGACGCGACGCCACGCACGCGGCUCACACGAUCCUCGCACGCGCGCGCCCACAGCGAAUCGCCCCGGGCGCCCCCCGCACCACAACUCCGCCCUUCGCAUCUCCCCCACCCACCCCCGUUCAUGGCGGACCCGCAGCACGCGGAGUCGCUGGACGCGCUGGUGCAGUGGAUGAUCGCGCCGGAGCCGGAGACGCGGCCGACGGUGGAUGAGCUGUAUUGUCGGGAAGGGGUGCAGUGGGUGAGAGCAAGGAGGCGGGCGGGAGCGACGGUGUAUGAGGGGAAUUGGGGGCCGGGGGAU